AUGGCACCCAACCUGUCAGACAUUUUGAAGCGUGCUUCUCUAGACCUGACUCCGUACGAGGAUCUCUACAAGUAUUUCCACGCCCAUCCCGAACUCUCGCAACAAGAAGAAUCGACAUCGCGAAAGGUCGCAGCCCACCUGUCCCAGCUGGAAGCGUAUGAGAUCCACACCAAUAUCGGCGGCUACGGGCUCGCAGGAGUCCUCCGAAAUGGACCUGGAAAGACCGUGCUUCUGCGGGCUGACAUGGACGCACUCCCUGUCAAGGAACUCACCGGACUGCCCUACGCCAGCUCGGUCACGAUGCGCGACGCCGACGGCGUUGAGAAACCCGUGAUGCAUGCAUGUGGACACGACAUGCACAUGACGUGUCUCCUCGCCGCGGCUGAAACUCUUGCAAACAUCCGGGAUGCGUGGAGCGGCACGUUGAUCGUGCUGUUCCAGCCGGACGAAGAACGAGGCGGCGGCGCGCAGGCGAUGGUGGACGACGGACUGUAUUCCAGGGUCCCUGUUCCCGAUUACGUCUUUGGCCAGCAUGUGAUGCGCCUGCGUGCUGGAAGUGUUGGCUCCCGGCCGGGUACGAUCAUGGCUGCGGCCGACAGUCUGAAGAUUACCGUCUAUGGCCGCGGGGGCCAUGGAUCACUGCCGCAUCAGACGGUGGAUCCUGCGCUUCUCGCUGCGCAUAUUGUUGUGAGACUGCAGGGCAUCGUGAGCAGAGAGGUUGACCCGAGCGACCUGGCGGUUGUAACGGUGGGGAGUCUGCAAGCCGGGCAGACGGAGAAUAUCAUUGCGGAUCGGGCGGAGAUCGGGCUUGAUUUCCGGACCGUCAAGCUGGAGACUCGGCAGAAGAUUCUCUCUGCUGUUCGGCGCAUUGUGGAGGCCGAAUGCAUGGCCAGUGGCUCGCCGAAGCCGCCGGUCUUCACUCCCACACGGCGGUUUCCGCCUACCUUGAAUGACAGACAUGUGGCGUCUCAGUUGGCCGCAUCGUUCGAAGAGCAUUUUGAGGACUUUGACAGAGACACGCCGAGAACCAAUGUUAGCGAAGACUUUUCUACGCUGGGCACUUGCAAAGCCCAGCCUGCGAAGGCGUUCAACUACCGCAGUUUGAUUGUUGAGUACUGCGUGAUCAACGGCAAGCAGGCCCCUCACAUCUUUGACCCAUGGAACCGCCUGAAAACACUCAACGCUCUCAUUCUCCUGCUCAAUGUCUCCGCCUCCGGUGGACCAACCGAUGGGCAAGGGCCAAUUGCGGACGACGACUCGACCCCGGACACGCUGUCACAGAAUAGCCACCUGCUUGAAGCCCCGAACUCGGCUCAAGGCGAAUCAUUAGCCGGGACCCACGAAAAAGAGAAACGAGCGGGAGACAAAAGGAAAUCAGUAUGGGACGGACUUUCAGACUGGUUUGUGUGGGAAAUUCUGGCCGCUGUUCUAUCUGCUGCGACGCUCAUUGCCUUGGUCGUCAUCUUGGCCAAGUUUGACGGAAUGGCACAACCCACGUGGAAGCACGUCUCGUUGAACUCGGUCAUUUCCUGGCUUAGCACCGUCUCCCGGGCUUGCAUUAUCUUUGCCGUGAGCGAAGCUCUAGGACAGCUCAAGUGGGUGUGGUUCGCCCAAAAGACACGGCCCAUGUUGGACCUUAGGACGUUCGAUUCGGCCAGCCGGGGGUUCUAUGGGAGUGCAGAACUGAUUUGGACGCUGAGAUGCCGGCACUUCGCCAUCUGGGGCGGUCUUGCAGUGAUCCUGGCGCUGGGCUUUGACCCGUUCACACAGAAUCUUAUCCACUAUUAUCCCAAUAUGGUUGAGGAUGCAUCGCAACGGGCACUCCUGGCAAACGCGUCAUCGUAUGAUACAGCUGGGCCACCGCUGGACCAUGGGGCUAUAUUUUGGGUCGACCCGGUGCUCAAGGCAAAUGUGUACAAUUCUCUCUUCAAUAACGACCAGUCCAGGCCUUGGUCCAUCCCGCAGUAUGUAUGCAGCUCCAGUAACUGCACCUGGGAUCCCAUUGCUGCGUUAGAAGCGCGCGCCAUCUGCUCGAGUGUGACGACCAAUUUGAACAUGUCAUGUUCCUCCAAGGUUGCGGAGAAUUUCACUUAUGCUGGAGAACCUAACUGCACUCUUGUACUCCCACCGGCCAAUACAACCGCCUGGUUCAUACCAUAUCAUUAUGAAUAUGCAUCGAUCUCCAUUGCCGCCGUCCGCCCAGAUGAAGCGGUGGUGUACAAGAAUGCGACGUUUCCCCCUAUCCAGAUGAUCGCGCCAUACGAUUUCAAUCCAUCUGUGGAAUCCCCGGGUGAAGGCAAAUGGCAAGCGAUGGAGUGUUCUAUCGAACCGAUUGUGCGAAGCUUCCGGGCAACUCUCCGCGACAAUGUCUACCGAGAAGAGACCCUUGCUGUCUGGACCGAGAGUUUCUGGUCCCUGGAAACCAACGUUUCGACUGGACUCUACUUGGAACCCCCAUGGGGCUCGGAUUUCGGAAUCUCGCCAAACAGUCGAUUCAUGCUUGGUACCUCGGCUUUUCAGGGAAUCACGGAGUUCUUCAACAGUCUGUUCUUCGGGCAGUUCUUCCUGCAGUCGUUGAACAGCGUAGUCUUCAGCACCCGGGAUUCGACCAUGUACGCUCCGGGCGAUCUCAUUCAAGCCAUGUCGCUCGGUAACAUUACCGGAUGUGAUGUCCGGUCCGUCCAGAAACUUGAAUGCGCCAUGAAAAACGUUGCACAAGCUUUAUCCAAGACCUUCCGGGACUCGGCAUAUGUUGGGGCCAAUUCGGAUUUGAGUAGGGCCAACAUGACGGUUGGACGGGCGAUGACGAGUGUUUCCUAUGUUGGAGUUCCCAAAUGGAAGAACGAUCCGAUACCGUUGCUGGGUCUAUAUCAGGAUGGAAGUGACAAGCGCCGUGUGGGCUUGAGGGAAGCAGGUGGGAAGGCUAAUAACUUGGGCGUGAAACUAUACGAAGACGACGGGCUUCCAGCCGCCCUGGCUGCGACAGCUGGCGAGUUCAACAUCCUCUCCUUCAACGUCGCAGGUCUGCCUGCCAUCCUGAACGGCAACGAGGUUCCAGGCGACAAGACCACGAACUCGCGUCUGAUCGGGCAGAAAUUCGCCGAGUACGGAUACGAUGUUAUCAACGUGCAGGAGGACUUCAACUACCACGCAUACAUCUACGAAACCGACAACCACCCCUACCGGACUGCCACCUCUGGGGGCGCGGGAAUCGGCUCGGGUCUGAAUACGCUGUCCAACUAUGAAUUUGUCGACUUUGUGCGUACCAAGUGGGCGACCUGCUCCGAUACCUCGGGGUCGGACUGUCUGACCCCCAAGGGGUUCACCUCGAUGCGGGUGCGCUUCGACGAGGGCGUAUACGUGGAUGUCUACAAUCUGCAUGCCGAUGCCGGAUCAGAAACAGCCGAUGUGACCGCCCGCAGCGCCAACCUGCAGCAGCUGGCCGAUUCCAUCGAGACCAACUCGGUCGGCAAUGCGGUGCUGGUGUUUGGCGACACGAAUGCGCGGUAUACCUCGUCCGGCGAGAACAUCCGUGUCUUCCAGACGGAGAAUGGGAUGGUGAACCCGUGGGUCGAGCUUAUCCUCGAGGGAGUCGAGCCGACCAUGGGGACCAGUGCAUUGGUCUGCGAGAACCCUAGCACGGUCACCACUUGCGAAACUGUUGAUAAGAUCUUCUACCGCGGAAGUCGCGCAGUCGAUCUGCAGGCCAUCUUCUGGAACUACGAGAGCACCAAGUUCCUUAGCGACAACGGGACCAUCCUGUCCGAUCACAAUCCGGUGACGAGCAAUUUCACCUGGGCCUUGUCCAGUUCCUUCCGUCAGAGUGACCUCUUCGGUGGACCACAUGGAACCUGGUUCAACGACCUCGACUCCAUCCCCAGCACCUCCACCGGCCAGAACAAACCAAGCAAGAUCUCCCUGCGCGGUGCGGAGCGGCUCGACAGCGUCGGCCUCACCUUGACUUCCGGCCAGAGCUACACCCACGGCGGCACCGGGGGCACCCUAUCGGAACUCACCCUCGCGGCGAACGAGUACUGGACGAAGGCGAAGCUGUGCGAGGGGCAGUACAACAGCCACACGCGCAACUUCUACCUGCUGGCCACGACGAGCACCGGACGCACGGUGAGUGCGGGAACGGCGACGGAUGACUGCAAGGAGUUUGCGGCGGCGCAGGGAUGGCAGAUUGUGGGAUUCUUCGGGCAGGAUGGGGACGAGAUGGAUCAGCUGGGAUUCAUCUACGGGUUGAUCUAG